GACCUUUAAACGUUGAACAGGGUUUUCCUACAUUAGUGACAUUCAGCAUCUGGUUUGACAUUUGUCGGAUCUCAGUUCAUGCCGGUACAGUUGUUUGUUAAAUCGUAUUAAAAACAAAAACAAAAAACUAAAAUAACUGGUGCCUGUAUCAAAUGGUUGUAGGUUUUAGAAAUACGUAGGUACUGUGCUCGUCUCGUGAUGUCUGUGCACUGCAGAUCUGUCCUUUUUAAAAUUCUCAUCCGAAACGUCAUGGGGAAACUGCAUUCUUCGAGGAAUACAUGGUCUGAUAAUUCUAAUAUCCGAUUUGCUUUGUGUCACUUUGGAAACCAAACUGGACCUCGUGUUUCCCAGCAUGGGUCACCUGCUCAGCAUGCAAUUAAUACACUGCUUCCUCCGGUCCCACAGUCUAUACUGGGGAAAUCCGUGGUACAGUCCCGCUGUUUCAGCCAGACUGGUUUUCCUUUUAAAGAAGACGAAUAUCCUCCUCUUCCUGACUAUGAUGACAAAGCAGAAGCUGGAGCUAAAGAAGUGUUUAUUAUCCGAGCAAGAGGCCUUCCCUGGUCUUGUACAGUAGAGGACGUGCAGAACUUCUUCUCAGACUGCAGAAUUCGAGGUGGUGCUGAUGGAAUACACCUAACACUGAACAGAGAUGGAAAGCCAAGCGGAGAAGCGUUUAUUGAGCUGGAUUAUGAGGAGGAUGUCCAAAAAGCUUUAGAAAAGCACAGGCAGUAUCUGGGCCCGCGUUAUGUGGAAGUGUAUGAAGUGACAAACAGUGAAGCAGAGACUUUUCUGAAGCAGUCUGUGGAUUCUCCUGUGAACGAUGGAGUUGUGCGUCUCAGGGGACUCCCUUUUAGUUGUACUGAAACAGAUGUCAUUCAGUUUUUUGAAGGUCUGGAUGUUAUUGCAAAUGGAGUUACAUUAGUUACAGAUCGCAGAGGGAGAAAUACAGGGGUUGCUUUUGUAGAGUUUUCUUCACCAGAAAUGGCAGAUCAAGCUUUACUGAAGCACAGAGAAUCAAUGGGCAGCAGGUAUAUUGAAGUGUUCCCAAGCAGUAAGAUUGAGAUCCAAACCCCCAACACCCCACAGAAAAAGCAAGUGGAGGCUCGUCCCUCAACACAAGCUACUUUCUCCAGUAACACAUCCACAGGGGUUCAAGAUAUCAGGAAUUCACCCCCAGACUAUAAAAGCAGCAGUGGUCUAAUGUCUCAAUCAAAUAUAAAUCCUGAAACAAGUCUGUUUGGUCACAACAUACAUAUGAGAGGUUUGCCAUUCGAAGUUAAUGGAAUAGAUAUUGUAAACUUUUUCUUUCCACUGAAGCCUGUCAAAAUUCACAUUGAGUUUGGCCCUGAUGGGAAAGCCACAGGUGAAGCAGAUGUGUAUUUUACCACUCAUGAAGAUGCAGUGUCAGCAAUGUCCAAAGACAGAUCACACAUUCAACAUAGGUAUAUAGAACUGUUCCUGAAUUCUGGAUCAGAAAACCAGUGACAUGAAGAUGAGGUGUGUCCAAGAGUCAGGGACAAUAUCUGAGAAGACAGCAAUGUUCCUGGGCAGAAUACCUGCAUAUUAAAAAUAAGUAAAAACAUAUCCAUAAGAGUCUUCUAAUGUAUAGCAGCUUCAUGACAGCUGCCUUUUUGAACAUAAUGACCCCCCCAGACAAAGAUGUAAUUUAUAUUCUUGUGUUAGAGCGAACCCUUCUGCCAGAUAAUAUAGCGUUCGGGCUAGGAUGUAAAAUUACUGAACUUGAGCCACAGAACAUUAAAAUACUGUCAGCUUUUUGAGUGUUGCACUUGUCUAAUUCUUUAAAUUCUAGAGAGGCUCCAGUGACUGGUUUAACCCUUAUAAUACAGGGAUUCAUUUUUCAAAACCACUUCUAUGAUUUGAUUGUAGAGCUCCAAACAAGUUUCUUCUAGAAAUUAAUUGGAUUUAUCUUUGAUUGAAAGGCAUUUAGCCCAUUUUCAGAGGUAAGAAAUGUGAAAAUAAAUUUAUAUGGAUAGCAACAAGCCUAUUCUGCCUUGCUUGUUUAUUUGCAGUUGCCAUGUAUAAUAAAAAUAUGCUCCGUGUUA